AUGGUCUACUACUGCAACGGAUACACGAGCGUCUACCCAUGCCGCAAUAGCGGUCUCGGCUACGGCGCGCGGGCGGGCAUCGGUAUUGCGAUCGCAGCAGUGAUCAUCCUCAUCCUCAUCCUGGUUGCUUUUACUGCGCGCCGCCGCAGACGCUUCGCGCAGCAGAACACGCAGACCAUCCCCAUGUCGUAUCCGAACAACAACAACAACAAUCAGUACUACCAGGGCUACAACAAUGGCUACCCACAAGCGAGUCCAUACGGUCAGACGCCGGCCAGCCCAUAUGGUCAACCGCCCGCGGGACAAGCGUACGGACCUCCGCCGGGUGCACCGCCCGCCAACAACGACGACGCCGCGCUCUACGCGCCACCCGUCGGCCCGCCUCCUCCGGCAUACGUGCCCAGGGACGAGCGUAAGGGUGCCGAAGCAAACGUCUAA